UCCUUUUUUUCUAUUCUUAUUAUUGAGCCCGGAAGAAUAACUAAAGCUGCUCUGUAAAUUAUACCAAAGCUUUUUUACACAAUGGAAAACGUAUCUGUCGAUACUCACCGUAAAUUUUUGAAAAUAAAUUUUUUUGUACUAAGAUACAGUGGAAUUUGGCCGCUCUUACCGUCGGCUAAAAUCGGCUGGAAAAUAUUAAAUAUUAUUUACAAAUAUUUCAACUUGAUAGUUUACAUUUUUUAUUUGUCAACUGUAGGGGCCGACGCGCUGGCCAAUGUUACUGAUUUGACGAUAUUUGGUUACGACGGUUGCUUUUUUUUUGGAACCUGCAUGUUUGUGUUUAAAGCCUGCAAAUUUUCGGUCUUGCGAAAAGAAAUUACAAAACUUACUGAUGAAGUCUACGGACCUAUAGAUAUUCUUCUACAAUCUUCAGAUCGCGGAAUAGUGAUAAACAUAAAAAAACACUUGUUUUAUGAAACAGUUCAACUCUACAGUCUCUUUGUGUCAAUAAUAAUAAUGACAAUCGCCAUAAUAUUUUUAGUUCCUCGUGAAAGGGGUGUCUUACCAAUCCGGGCUGUGUACCCCUUUGAUACGACUGUUUCGCCCAAUUACGAGCUUACAAUAUUUUACCAAUUUUACUGCUUUGCCUACUGUCUUACGGUGAUACUGGUACUCGAUUCUACAGUGAUUGGACUUAUGAGAUGGUUGACGAUCCAAGUUCUCGCACUGACCAAUAACUAUAAGAACUGUAACAGCAAAUUAACGAAACGCGCUGGUCUAAUUUCCCCGAUCGAGGCUUGUAAAACUUUUGAAAGAAUCAAAGUCUCGAAAAUUGCAGAUCAAGAGACUGAGAUACGGGAAUUUUUGGCCUUCGAGAAGCAAGAAAUCGGAGACUGUAAUGAUAACUACGUCGGAAGAUUCAAGAUUUGCAUCAGGCACCAUCAGAGAAUCAAGAAAAUAGUCAACGAUUUCAACAACACUUUCAGUAGUUUUCUGUUGAUCCAGUUUGCAACGAGUAGUUGUAUCAUUUGUUUGAACGGUUUUAUGAUAAUAUUAAACAUGGACAACGGGACUAAUUUAAUGCGAUUUGGAAUUUAUUUAUCCGUAUGUUUUUCUGAAUUACUUAUACUCUGUUUUUAUGGAAAUCAAUUUAUUUACAUGGCAGACACUUUGACGUCCAACCAAUGGAUGUCGGGAUGGGAAUGCACGAACGAAAAAAAUAGGAAUAAUGGAUUGAGCAAUCUUGUGACGACCUCAAUGAUGCCAACAUUGAAGCCGCUGCAAUUUAAAGCAGUUGGCUUAUUUGUUUUAUCAAUGCCGACCUUUCUGACGAUUCUCAAAACCUCGUACUCUACCUUGAUCCUCCUGACGACAGUUGUCGCAGAUUAAUUUUUUCUUACUAUGAGUUUUUAAGUUUGUUAAAUAAAUAGCUUUUGAAGCUAAAACUUUGA